CAGGGCGGACAUGGGCGCCAAGCAGAGCGGCCCGGCCGCUGCUAACGGCCGCACCCGCGCGUACUCGGGCUCGGAUUUACCUUCCAGCAGCAGCGGAGGAGCCAACGGGACCGCGGGCGGCGGGGCGCGAGCCGCAGCUGCCGGGAGGUUUCCGGCUCAGGUGCCCGGCGCGCACCAGCCCAGCGCCUCCGGUGGCGCCGCGGCGGCCUCGGCGGCCCCGCGCAGCCGCUCCCUCGGCGGGGCCGUGGGGACCGUGGCGUCGGGGGCCCGCGCGGCGCAGUCUACCUUCAGCAUCCCCAACAGCAGCAGCGGCCCGUACGGCUCCCAGGACUCGGUUCACAGCAGUCCCGAGGACGGCGGCGGCGGCGGCAGGGACCGGCCGGCGGGCGGGGGUCCCGGCGGGCCACGCCUGGUGAUCGGCUCCUUACCAGCUCACCUCUCGCCGCACAUGUUUGGAGGAUUUAAGUGUCCUGUAUGCUCAAAAUUUGUACCCUCAGAUGAAAUGGAUUUGCAUCUUGUGAUGUGUUUAACAAAGCCAAGAAUAACCUAUAAUGAGGAUGUGCUGAGUAAAGAUGCUGGGGAAUGUGCAAUAUGCCUUGAAGAAUUGCAGCAGGGAGAUACUAUAGCACGACUGCCUUGUCUAUGCAUAUAUCAUAAAGGCUGCAUAGAUGAAUGGUUUGAAGUAAAUAGAUCUUGCCCUGAGCACCCUUCAGAUUAAGCAUCAGCUUCCUGUUUUAUAGGUUUCCUUGUUUUUUCAAGAUGCUUGAAAAACUGAGAGGAUAUGAAGAUUUAUCUCUGGAAAAGCAAAAACAAAAAUGCAGGCACACUCAGCCAGAAAUCUAAGUUCUGUGAGACUCAGUAAUGCAGAGAUGGACAAUCAUACAGGAAAAAAAAUCCUGCUGAGGAGAGGACAAUUGUCACAGAACUCAGUGUACCAAACAUGCAUAUAAAGGACACACAGGGAUUUUGAAAAUGCUGCACAUCCCUUAAUAGUCAUCUACAUAGGUAAUACUGAUGAACAUUUUAUAUUCAGACACCAAAGUUAACUGAUUUAAAAGUUGAUUUACUUUUUAUUAAGUUCUCUAGAGCUGCGCAACUAGUUGUUUUUAAUUUGUUUUGGGUUUUAGUUUGGGUUUCCUUUAUUUUCCCCAACAUGAUGUUCCUGCAUUCAUCUAUUCUUAAAUUGAAGACCACGUAAUUUACUUCUUAAAAAUUAAAGUCUUGAAUGUGAAACCAAGAAAUGUAAUCAAGCAGUAAAACAUUCUCUGAAUGUAGACCAUGAUCUCAAGUUCUUUGAUUUUCUUUUUCUUUCCCCAAGAGUGGAAAAUAGACUUCUACAUAGGAAAGCUGAAGUAUGUUAAUACUUUAAAUUAAAGGUUUAACAUUAUCAGAAUGCAGUCCAAAGAGUAAAAAAAAAUCAAGUUACAUAAUUACAUUUUAAUUAAUUAAAUUUGGAUCAUCUACAGAAUUGCAGUUUAUUAAAUAUGUUGUUUCCUUUUUAAAUAAAACUGCUCAACAGUUAAUCAGCAAUGAAUCAUCUUGCAGCUAUGCAACUUUAAAAAAAUACUAAUUACCAAUUUUAAGUGCUUCCAGCUACAGUAACUUUAACGGGUAUUUUUGUUUGUUCUUUUCAUGUAAUUAUUUUAUUGUGCUUUGCAUCUCCAGGCAGUUUUCCUACAUUUGGGUAAAAUGUUUAUCAGGUUGUAAACUUAAUAACUUAUGAAAAGGGUAAAAUAAAAUUUUCUUGAGUGGAACUUGGAAUAAUUUGCGGGACAUUUUUAUAUACUUUUAAAAAUCAGAAUUUAAUUGGGUUGCCAGAUUUAUAGCAAUUUGCAUCUUUAAUUUUCCAGAUAAUCUGGGGUUUAGCAUUUGAUAAAUGAUUUUUUAAAGCAAACAUGAAGAUUUUGUUAAUUUAUAAUUUAUUAAUGUGUUAUUACUGUAAUUGAAAAUGUUAGAGACUUUUAAAUUCAGUCUUGUUUAGAAAGAAAUGUGUUAAGCAAAAUUAUGUGAAUAAAUAUUCCCACAAAAUA